GGGAAUGCUUGCAGGCCGCGCUGCUCUGCCGUUUAAAAAUCCUGCUCUUGCUCACGAUAGGGAUUGAAAAGCUGUCUCGUGACGGUGGUUUUAUGCGGUGGUUUUAAUUUAAGCAAAAAAAAUAAUCUAGAAAAGUGGAUGAAAAAUACCAUUACGUUCAGAUGUUAUCAAUCUCAGCCUUUGUCCCAGGUGUUUAUCGCUCACUUAGAAGGUCAAUCAAAAUGUGCUUUCCCAAGUCAGACUUGCAUCAGUGGGGCUGAUAAUGAGUGGAUUAAGAGUAAUGAAACAUUUCUGUCAAGCCGCCACGUCUUCUUACAGGCAAGGGUCACUGCAAUAAAGCUGCCCCACUCUGCUCUGGGCCUUUUGUUUCGCAGUCGGUACAAAAAUGGAUGUGUGGGGCUGUUUUCUGUGUAGAGCUUCUGCUUGCAAAGAGGUUUUUUUCCCUUCAGUUUGAGAAAUCUGUCUCAGCUUUUUGCAUACCGGUGCAGCAGCACUAGAAAAUUCUCUUGCAUUUUUAUUUCUUACAGUAGCAAAGUCCUUGCUGUGGGAAAAUGCACUUUUUUCCCUCCAAAGCCUUGAUCUGACAUCUUUAAUACUUGAAGAGUAUUUCCCGACUACAGAGGCUUGGUUGGAAAUAGUGUGCAAACAUUCAGCCAGUGGAUUUCCUCUAUUUUUGUGCUGAAUUUCAAAAUGUGGUGAAGUUUCAAGUUUAAAAUAGUGCUGACCCCCCCACCCCGUGAUCCAUUUGUAUUGGUUUGACUUUGUAUGUAAGUACUAAAUAUCUUCUUUUUUAUUAUUAUUAUUAUUUUUUUUUUAACAGGGUUGUUUGAAAAUUCACUACAGUUUUGGAAGUUUCCCCAAUUUUUGAACCCAACUGAAUCAGCAGCAUGCUUGCUCCAGCCCCUGACCCAUGGAGCUGCAUCCCAGAGGAAAUCCUCAUCCAAAUUUUUUAUUACCUUUCUCUUCGAGAUAGAUACACAGCCUUCCAGGUGUGCAAGCAGUGGGCUGGGGCUGUUUCUUCCAGCUCCGUUUGGCAUUUCACGGAGAUCAGCUGUGAUUCAGAGGAUGAGGAGGGCAUGCUGCAGAGCCUGUGCCAGUUCCUCAGCCAAAUCAAACACCUGAAGAUUAGAUUUGACCAAUCCAAAGAGGUCAACCGCAGGAAUGUGACACGCAUCUUAGAUGUGCUGGCAAAGCAGAACCACAAGCUGCAGCAGCUGUGCAUUGCAUGCCAUGGGGAGAACCCCUAUUUCUACUCUGGCCAGGACAUCCUGCAGAGCAUACGGAAUAUGUGCAAUGCUAACAACCAGAUAGAUCUUCAGCAUAUUGAUUUUCGAAAUAUGCCCUUUACUCUCGAUGGGGAGCUUGUUGAACUCCUAGCUACCACCAACCCAAACUUGCAAAGUUUGUUUAUCAACAACCGCACCCUGGUGUGCAACGUGGCACCAAACACCGUUAGGAAAGUUCUCAGUGUGUGUCCCAAACUCUCAGCCUUGGGGGUUUACUAUGCCAGCCUGUCCAGUGAUGUAUUUCUGGAGCUGCUCAAGCCAGAAAGAGCAGCUUUAACUCAUUUAGACAUUUUCUGUGAGCGCCUGGACAAAUAUAUCCCAGUCAUCUCAGAAGAGCUGUGGGCUGCUGUCAGGCAAAAACAUCCUCGACUCUGCGUAGACCUCGAAUUCGAUCAUACGGUCCCUGGCUGCACAAUACCACGGAUCCUAAAGCUGAACAUACCUGUGAACACGCUGCAGCUGAACACCUACAAUUACAUGGUAGAUCAGAUUAGGUUUGUCACCCAGAGCUACAGCAGUACUCUGAAGAAGCUGAUGCUACAAACCACAUCCUCGGAGGACUUGAAUUCCUCGCUAGUAGAGCUGGCAAGGCACUGCCAUAAUCUGCUGGAGAUCCACUGCUACUGUGUGGUCAGCAAGGAGGUGGUGGAAGCGUUCCUCACGCAUUGCCCCCAUCUGAAACAAUACACUCUCAAGGUCACCAAGGAACGGCACCCCUGGAAACCAGUGACAGUUCGGUGACCGGGUCACUUGUUCAGCAGUUUGUUGUUCUCAGAUGGCCAUUCAAAGAAAUUGAACUACCUAUUUUUAAUUUUUCGUUAUUGGAAUGGGGAUGACAGGUCUUUUCUCUUCUUUGUGUUCUCUAUUUAGCAAUGUGGGAAUGCCGAGUUCACUCUUUGUGGAAUUUUACAGGAAAUCACAGUGAAAUUUAAUUUUUAUGUUAUGUUUUAGGCAAAUCUCAAAGUCAAGCACAUCGCGUCAGGCUCCCAGCAACUAUUUAGGCUGACAGUUAAGGAAGUGACAGCUUCAGUGCAGGUUUCUGUGUCCAUCGGGGUCCUUAGCCACGUGGGUUCACCUAUAGCAACAGGCAGUGGUCAUCUGAUGGAAAAUGCCCUCCAACCUUGGUAAUUUCUCUUUUGGCAUUUCUGUGAUGAUGAGCUCUCCUGGUAUCCAGGUAUCAGGUAACCUCCACUUUGUAACGGUCUGAACAGGAUCUGAGUUAUGUUAGAAAAUGUAAGUGGGAGAAAAAGCGCUUAAGAAGGAGCAGUGAUAAGUUCAUAAGAAAAGGCACGUAGCCUGCGAGUACCCUUCUCUGUCCUUUCUUUCUCAGAAAUGCACAUUUUCAGGUAUUUGAAUGCCUUUGGCAAUGACCUAUGCUUUCACUGCAUUGUUAAUGUUUCUUAGGAGAAUCAACAGUGUUUACAGUUUUUCCUGUCUCAGUCAGCAGCAAAUGGCAAAGAUAUCAUGCGUCUGAAUUAGGAUGAGCGUGGUGGUUAGUUGUGCCAAGGAUUUUGAUGAACUGUGAUUUGAGGAGUAGUUUCAGAUUUUAAAUGGUCCUGGCAUACAGCUCCCUUUGCAAGCAAAUAUUUAGAGCAAUCUAAAGGAUUUUGAGUGAUAACAAUAAAGGCAUAUUUUCUCAUA